UCGCAUAAAUGCUUAUUAGUUUUAGUUUUCAAGAACUCAUUAGCUAGCCUUACAGGCCUACACUAUUAAUAAAGCAGAGAGAAGUGAGCGAUUCUGCAAAUCCGGCUACCGGAAUGGCUGUAGUUUCUUUGUUUCGUAAAAUAAUUUUGUUGAGGGUGCCAGUGCUAGCUGCCAUUUUAACCUUAAUUUUUCUCUACACCUGGUCUUCUUCCACUGCAGUUAUUCCUGGUAAGAGUUGUGAUUCUUGUUUCAACACUCAACCCAAUAAUCACUCCAAGGAGGAGAGUUGGAAGAAUCCUGCUUACAAGGAAAUUGAGAAGCUGGUAAAGCUGCAGAGAUCAUGGACGUCAUCACCAUCGAGUUCAAAUUGUCAAGGAAGGGGGAUUUAUGUGUACGAGCUGCCGGCAAGGUUCAACAAGGAGCUGUUAGGCGAGUGCGGGAAGAUGACCGGGUUCGGGUGGGCUGAUUUCUGCAAGUACUUGAGCAACGGGGGGCUGGGGGAGGCGGUGGAGAAGCUGGGCAGAGGGUGGCACAACACCCACCAAUUUGCGCUGGAUCCCAUUUUCCACUCUCGCUUUGCGAAUCACAAGUGCCGAGUGCGGCAGCAGCGGCAGGCCAGCCUCUUCUACGUGCCGUAUUACGGCGGCCUCGACGUCCUCAGGUGGCGCUCCAAGAACGUCUCCACACGCGUCAAGGACUCGCUCGCGCUGGACCUCCUGCGGUGGCUCCGGACGCAGGAGCCCUGGCGGCGGAACGCCGGCAGGGAUCACGUCUUCGUGCUGGGCACCAUCACGUGGGAUUUCAGAAAAUUGGAUCCCCAUUCAUGGGGUACUAAUAUGUUUCUACUGCAGGAGGAGAUGCAGAAUCCGAUGAAGCUCUUGAUUGAACGCCAGCCGUGGCACGUCAACGACGUGGGCGUACCUUAUCCGACUUUCUUCCAUCCCCAAACAGACGCUGACAUCGUCAACUGGCAGCUGAAGGUGAGCGAAUCCAGGAGGAGCAGCGUGGUGGCCUUCGCCGCCGCCAACAGGGCUACUCCGGAGAGCAUCCGCUCCAUUCUAAUCGAGCAGUGCACCAAUAUUGGGGAAUGCAAGUUUUACAACUGCGAGGGCGGGGGCUGUGAUCGGGCGGAGGCGAUCGUGGAGUUAUUUAUGGAGUCGGAGUUCUGCCUGCAGCCUCCAGGAGACACCGCGACCAGAAAAUCAGUAUUUGAUUCGUUGGUUUCAGGGUGCAUACCAGUGGUGUUUGAUCCCUUCACGGCAUACUAUCAGUAUCCAUGGCAUCUUCCAGAAGAUGGGAGGCUGUAUUCGGUUAUGAUGGGCAUAGAAGAGGUGAGGAACAAGAGUGUGAAUGUGGUGGACAGGCUCGUCAAGAUUCCAGUGAGGGUGAGGGAGGAUAUGAGGAGAUACAUAAUUCACCACCUCUUGCCUCGACUCAUCUAUGGGGAUGCCCAAUCCCAAUUUCACGAUUUUCAAGAUGCAUUUUCUGUAACCGUAAAUAGUUUGAUCGGGAGACUCACCACAUUAAAUGGAAAAUAGAUAUAUAUCUAUGUACUGCAUCAAUUCAUUCACUCAAACAUAUAGCAGUCACAAUCAUUAUAUCAACCAAUAACUUUUCUCUUUACAUAUAAACUAAUAGUGGGUCCAACUACCACGCCCUGCGCAAACAAUAAAUCGGCGCAAUGGGAUGGCCUAGUGGUUGGGGUGGUUGCCUGUUGUCCCCUUGGGAUGGCCUAGUGGUUGGGGUGGUUGCCUGUUGUCCAAGAGGUCACAGGUUCGAAUACUCUCGGCCACAAUAAUCACUAGGUGGGGUGUGUGUGUGGUUUGUAUUAUUUAUAAUGUAAUUUCAUCAAAAAAAAAA